AUGGGCAAGACCGGUUUGCUUGGCAAUGGCCCUGUAGCUGAGGCAGAAGUUGUGGAAUCGGCUGAAGAAGGGGUCUUUCUGCUGGCAGGCUUGAUUACGGGGGCUCGGAAUGAGGCCGAUUUCACUCCAUUAUCCUCUUUCGCACCGGCUGGCUUUCCUACGACUUUCGAAGCUGCCAUAGGGGCGCCUGCAUGCCAAAUAGAAAAAGGAAAUGAAAGCGAUAUCAGCAAAGUGUUGUAA